UCAAAUCUUGAACAGAUGUUUCUUUAAUAAAAAACAGGAACGGAGGCGACUGGUUUGGAGAAACGUCGGCUCUUAAACUUUCCGCGUUUGUGGAAUUAGGAUAGAUAAACGAUAAUUAUUUAAUAUAGCUAAGUCAGUAGAUUUGAACAAAGAUAAACUAUUAUCGGAAUGGAUCCGUUUACCGAGAAACUCCUGGAGAGGACCCGUGCUCGCAGGGAGAACCUGCAGAAGAAGAUGGCAGAGAGGUCCACUGCUUCCAACAGACAGAUGGUCAAGAGAACUAGGGAGCCUCUGGCUGAGACUUGCAACAGCCUGGUCACAGAGCCUGUCGUCGACAAAGCCCCCCAACAUUCCACCAAGCCCUCUCCCUCCAAGCGGAGUCGUUCAGGUGAACUUGACAAGCCCACCAUUAUUGGUGAGGAGAACAGGGAGCCUGCAAUGCCUCCUCGCACCCUGACCCCUACUCUGUCAGAUCCCCAGACUGACCGGAAGCCCCCAACAGGCCCAGCCAGCAUCCUCUCUGCCUCUUCUCUAGAGAGGGUGGAUGUCUGCCCUGCUCCUCCCAUUCCUGAACCAGAGCCCAUGGUGCCAACACAGCUUGUCCCAGAGCAGGUCAGGACCAGGGAGGUAGCGCGCCCUGCCCCAAAACCAGAGAAGGUGGCUGUGAGUGCUGCUCCACAGAGGACCAGGCCUACUAGCCCAGUUCUUCAGAGGAGCAGAGAAGAGCAGAGGGAGGCUCCCACCUCCUCCACCCCUGCUGCCAUGAAGUCUCGCCUGGCCAGACUAGCUGAACAGAGGCAGUACUGGGACUCUGAAGGUACAUCUGAGGUUCCAGACAUCCCAGCAGCUCUGUCUCCAGUGAAGAACCAGACACAGUCGAGGCAGGCUGUAGCCCCAGUCCCCACACCCGUCCAUGCUGCUGCGUCCUCAGAGGCCCCUGUAGGCAGGAAGGGUCGGCUGGCCAACCUCGCAGCUACCAUUGGGUCCUGGGAGGACGACCUCAGCCACGCGGCCACUCACAGAGACAAUGCACAAGGGAAGCCUGGUAGUGUCAGUACCGCCACCCCUGCUUGGAGGAGAGAGGCUGGAGCCAAACCCACCUCUGCUGCUGCAGACCGUCCACAAAUGAGUCAGUCAUCAAACAGAAAGCCUGCUCUGGAUUCCAACCAGCAGCCUGUCCACUCCCCAGUCAAGUCCACCAGAGUGUUCCCCCCCAGCCCUCAGAAGACUGAAGUACCUGAAGCCAGACCAGCUCUACGGACAGGCAGAGGUCUCCCCUCUCCUGUAUCCAGUCCCCAGAGGAGUUACCAGGGGAGAGCCUCAGCCUUCACCCCCAGCCCCCAGAAAGGUGCUCUCUCCUCAGCCUCACCUGUGCCUCAGAGCCCCCUGAAGAACCAGGCCCUGUCCCGAGCCCUGGAGGUCAACGGUAGCCCCGAGAAGCCAGAGCUCCCCACACAGCCCUCCACCAUCGGGCCCACUAGACCCUCUGUCCUGCAGACCAGGGAGAGGUUCACCAAGGAGACCACCCCGGCCACUCCCCUGCAGCAGAGAGGCACUGCUGGAGCAACUGGACCAUCUGUCCUGCAGACCAGGGAGAGGUUCACCAAGGAGACCACCCCGGCCACUCCCCUGCAGCAGAGAGGCACUGCUGGAGCAACUGGAAAUCCAGCAGGUGUCAAGUCGUUCAUGGAGCGUUUUGGGGAGAGGUGCCAGGAGCGUUCUGGCCUGAGUUCCCCUGCUACCUGCCAUGGAGCAGCCACUCAUAACCCAAACGUAGUGAACCUGUCUCGGGCAGGCCUGGCUGGUCGUACCCCUGUAGUGAGCCAGUCUGUGACCCCCAACACCAGGCUGGUGCAGGAGAGGCUGAGAGCUGCCCAGGCUGCCAACACUGCCACCGCCCUUGCACAGAAACAGAAACUGGAGCGUGAGUCGGAAUUGGCUCAGAUUCGUAACCGUUUCCAGAAAGGGAACAGCAUUUGGAAGAACAAGGAGGAGGUGGCAGACACCAAGAAACUCACACAGGCCAAGGAUCUGAUUGAGCAGCCUGAGGAGAGAGGGCCUGUUGUCUCCCAGCCUGAUGAUGAGCCAACAGCUUCCCCUCUGGAUAGCCUGAAUGCUGCUCCCAAGAAACCCACCGCCCCAACCUUCAUCCCUGUGAAGAGAGUAGAAUUCUCCGUGGAGAAGCCUUCUGAGGAAGAAACACAGGAGGAGGAAUCAGACGAAGAAGAGAGUCAUGAGAUGGAGAUGAACGUGGACCAGUCCAACAACUCUGAGAUCAACAACUUUGACGGGUUCCAGGACCAGAGUGAGGAGCUGAGUGGUGAGGAGGGUGAAGGAGAAGAGGAGGAAGAUAAACUGAACAUCUCCUCGAUGUCCAUCCUGGCCCCCUUCUCUGAGUCUGUGGCUGCUGUGAUCAAGAGUCCAGUAAGGAAGAUGAUGACGUCGACCCCAGCCAGUUCAUUCAACGCUAAGAGCCAGACUCCUGACAUUGUUUCCAGACCCAGUAAGUUCCAAAGGGCUCGCUUGCUCCGGGCUGGAUCAUCAGACAGCCUAGAGACAGACGAACAUGAGGACCACAACCUGCCCUACAGUAUUGAUGCGUACAGGUCGACCAGGAUCAAGGAGAGUACUGAGAGGCCCUGUGUGAAGCAGGUCAUCGUGAAGAAGGAGGACGUGUCUCGGAGAGCAGCAGAGGAGCCCAGGAGCCAAGGACACACCAGCAUCAAACAGAAGAUGAAGGUUCUGACCUAUGAGAUGAACCUGCAGCAGACUGUGAUCAGCCAGGCUAGCCAGGCCCUGAACUGCUGUACUGAUGAGGAGCAUGGGAAAGGCUCGCAGGUGGAGGCAGAGGCUGAGAGGCUGCUGCUCAUAGCCACGGAGAAGCGGGGGGCACUGAAGGCAGAGUUGGACCGUCUGAAGGGAGAGGGUCCUAGCGGUCAUAGGAGGGGGCAGGGUGGGGACAUGGGGGUCUCCGCCUCCAAGGGAUCCAUCUCUCUCCUGGAGCUACGAUUGCCCCUCAAGGCUGACUUUGUCUGCUCUGCUGCUAACAAGCCAGAGUGGUCCAGCCAUUACUUCUUCAUCAUGAUCCGUGCUGGAGCUGAGAAUACAGUUGCUACUCCACUAGCCAGCACAAGUAGCGCUAUCAGUGGAGAUGCAAUCACCUUCUCUACCAAGUUCACCAUGCCUGACGUCUCUAACGACUUUGCAAUUGAUAUUGAGGUUUACUGCCUGGUGCAGAAGCGCGAGUUGAACCCUGACAAGAGGAAGAAGCCCAGCAAGUCAAAGGCCAUCACUCCCAAGAGGUUCCUCUCUAAGAGCAGUUUGACUCCAGUGGUGGCCAGUCCUGGGGGCCCUAAUACAGUCCGCACCAGUAACUUUGUCCUGGUCGGGUCUCACAAGCUGACUCUUGCCUCAAUUGGGAAAAACAAGUUUCUAUUGGAGAAGAUCAAAUAUGAAGGCAUUGAGAGAGAGCUUCUUAGAGACAUGUUUCACAGCAAGGUGCCUUUCCUGUGCCCCAUGGAGGGCCAUAUCUACCUGAAGAUGCAGUGUGAGGUGGGCUCCCUGGUGGAGGAGAGAGGCUUCCUGACUAUGUUUGAGGAUGUGAGUGGAUUCGGAGCAUGGCACAGGAGAUGGUGUGUCCUGUCAGGAUACUGUAUUUCCUACUGGACCUACCCUGAUGAUGAGAAACGCAAGAACCCAAUGGGUCGCAUCAACUUGGCCAACUGCACCAGUCGUAAGGUGGAGCCAGCCAACCGAGAGUUCUGUGCCAGACCUAACACCUUUGAGCUGAUCACCGUCCGGCCUCAGAGAGAGAACGACAGAGAGACGCUCGUCAGCCAGUGUGAAAACACCAUGUGUGUCACCAAGAACUGGCUGUGUGCUGACACAAAGGACGAGAGGAACCUGUGGAUGCAGAAGCUCAACCAGAUCCUGGUGGACCUGCGCAUGUGGCAGCCAGACUCCUGCCACAGGCCUGUGUGAGAGCACAGCUCCCCCGCCUGGACUAGAGGGCUAACAACACCCUGCAUGGUUCUGGGUCUUGCAUAUGGACUGUCACGAUCAGUGACACUUACGAUGACUAAGUGCAAUACAGUAUUAAAGUUAUUAAAUAGGAUUUACAGGUGUAUUAUAUUUUUAGAGAUGCUUUAGUGGACAGUCAAGACAAUUUAAGUCAGGGAUGGGCAACUGGGGGCCCCCUUUUGUAUCCCCCCAUUCUCCAACUCAGUCUGGGUCUCAACCAGGGUUUUCAUUAGGAAAAUGGACGUUUGACCAGCCACAUUUUAAUUUACAGGACAUUUGAGAAAUCUGCCGGAGCCAUAUGUAUUGGCUGCGUAAUCUGAUUAGGGUGUCCACCCACAGUGCUCAGAAUGACAGAAAUCACAUUUUGAUUAUGGUAAGUCAUAUUAACAGAACAUUCAAGUCGGCUGCAGCGAUGUGCGGUCCUGAUUCUGAUGGCCACUUUGAAGAUGUUAGAAUAACUGUCCACAUUUACCUUUCCUCGGCCAACAACACGAGCAACGGACAGCAAAACCACUAGCUAUGUCAAUCUACUAUCCUUCAUAGUAGAAAAGUUGACCUAUUCUAUUGGUCAGCUUGUUGAGAAAUAGCCUAUUCCAAACAGACUCUGAGACGGUUAUGGGAAGAUGGAGCCCAAAUUCAUACAAUCAGUAGACCUAGGCGACAUUAAAAAAAUGACCUUAAAGCAAUGAAUCUGAUGCAACCAAUUCAAACGUUUAGCUUAAUGUUGAUACACUAUGAUCCCAUGGCGCUUGCAGUGCCAGGGUUGUGGGUUCGAUUCCCACAGGGGACCAGUACGAAAAUAUAUGCACUCACUACUGUAAGUCGUUCUGAAUAAUAGCGUCUGCUAAAUGACAAAUGUAAAUGUAUUGACAUUAUAAGCUCAGCAAUGUUCACAAGGCAGUAGGCUAUGUGCAAAUGUUUGUUCCAUAAUACAGUUACUGGGAAAAGACCAAAAGAGCACCGCACCUGCAAGCAGUUUCAUGUGAUAGAUGAAAAUAUCCGUUAGACAUUUAGAAAGAGGAGAUCUAAUAGGCUAGGUUCAGGUUUCAAACAAUGAAGUAUAUGUUUUCAAAAUGCAUAGCCUACUGCCUCCAAAGUGGUGUGUGACGCGCUGAUGAAGCCUGCCUUCUGUUGCUGUUUGAGAUGCUGCAGCAGCUCUCACUGUCUUACAUAUUUUCCGCUCUGUCUGUAUGCUGUAGGGGUGUGAUAAAUAAGAUGCAUAAAGAAUAUACUGUUGCCUA